AUGCCACCGUCGCUUCGGUCGCCACACGGCUUUCUGUCCGAGGAGCACAGCUACACAAUGGAAGACCCGACGCUGCUCUCAUCCAGGAAGGAGACUCCGCGGAUCGGGACGGCGACGUAUCUCGCCCUCCCGCCGCGCCUCGACGCCAACACGUUCUUGGACCCGACCUCGCAGAAUGCGUCGACGCGCAACGACACCAUGAUUGUGUUCCCGGGCCACGACAUGAACGUGCCCUUGGCCGCAUCCGCCUUUGCGACCUACCAUGUGCAAGUGUACGCGAUCUUCGCCGGCGCGAGCGUGCUCAUGGUCGUCUUCCGGACGCUGGCCACGUCCUGCGCCGCGACGCUCGUGCCCUUUGCCGUGCCGCCCGUCUCGAGCCGCGUCUACAACAGCGACAUGGUCACGCUCGACACCAAGCUGCCGUUCGCGGCCGCCGCGUUCCUCGCCAACGUCUUCAUCGCGGCGUUCGCUUUGGGCACAUCCAAGUGGUUUCUGCAGGCGUCGGCGCUCCCGAUAAGCGUCGUGCUCUACGGUUACUACUAA